UAACACAGACUUGAAAAGUGCUAUCUGAAUGCACUGCCGCAGCUAUUGUUGUGGCAGUGGAAAGUAAAUAAUUUAGUAGGAAACGGUGGUUGUUUUUGAAAGUGAACAUUAAAACUCAUUGCUCAGGUUAUAUAAAAUAUAUUUUAGUGUAUUUUUUUAACCAUUUUGUGAGUCGGAGACUACAACGAGCAGUGUUGGACGAUGGUAAGAGCGCUAACAUUAGCUAGGUCUCUAGGCAGGGUGCACUUCUGAUCGCCACUUAGAACGGGGGUCCUCCAAAGCCCACCUGCCGUUCCGAGGAGAGGACUCCUCCCACCCUGUCUCUCUCGCCCCAUCAGCUCGUCCUCUCUCACCUCCGACCCCCUAUGGACGAGUGACUCCUGGCUUUCCCCCCCUACGAGAGAUCCAGAACCCGAGUGAGCCCGUCGCAGCAGAGCAGAGAGAGGGAGCCAGGAGACCAUGUCGUCCAACAGACCCCAGAACCCCCACGGCCUGAAGCAGAUCGGUCUGGACCAGAUCUGGGAUGACCUGCGGGCAGGGAUACAGCAGGUCUACACCAGGCAGAGCAUGGCCAAGUCACGAUACAUGGAACUCUACACACAUGUUUAUAACUACUGUACCAGCGUGCACCAGUCCAACCAGGCCCGCGGGGCGGGGCCUGCACCCUCCAAGCCUUCCAAGAAGGCCCCCACCCCUGGAGGGGCUCAGUUUGUGGGUCUGGAGCUCUACAAGAGACUCAAGGAGUUCCUCAAGAACUACCUGACCAAUCUGCUCAAGGACGGGGAGGACCUGAUGGAUGAGAGCGUGUUGAAGUUCUACACCCAGCAGUGGGAAGACUACCGGUUCUCUAGUAAAGUGCUCAACGGUAUCUGUGCCUACCUCAACCGCCACUGGGUCCGCCGCGAGUGUGACGAGGGACGCAAAGGGAUCUACGAAAUCUACUCUCUUGCCCUGGUGACGUGGAGGGAAUGCCUUUUUAGACCUUUGAACAAACAAGUCACAAACGCUGUGUUGAAGCUCAUAGAGAAGGAGCGUAACGGAGAGACCAUCAACACCAGACUCAUCAGUGGAGUCGUGCAGUCCUACGUGGAGUUGGGUCUGAACGAGGACGAUGCCUUCGCCAAAGGCCCCACGCUGUCCGUCUAUAAGGAGUACUUUGAGAGCCAGUUCCUGGCCGACACAGAGCGCUUCUACACCAGAGAGAGCACUGAGUUUCUCCAGCAGAACCCCGUUACUGAGUACAUGAAAAAGGCCGAGGCUCGUCUCCUGGAGGAGCAGAGGCGUGUGCAGGUCUACCUCCACGAGAGCACGCAAGACGAGCUGGCUCGCAAGUGUGAGCAGGUCCUCAUCGAGAAGCACCUGGAGAUCUUCCACACGGAGUUCCAGAACCUUCUGGACGCAGAUAAAAACGAGGACCUCGGUCGAAUGUACAACCUGGUGUCGCGCAUCACGGACGGCCUAGGGGAGCUGAAGAAGCUUCUGGAAACGCACAUCUACAACCAAGGCCUGGCUGCUAUAGAGAAGUGUGGAGAAGCCGCUCUGAACGAUCCCAAGAUGUACGUCCAGACCAUCCUGGAUGUUCACAAGAAGUACAACGCCCUUGUCAUGUCUGCCUUCAACAACGACGCUGGUUUUGUCGCUGCUCUGGACAAGGCUUGCGGUCGUUUCAUCAACAACAAUGCUGUGACCAAGAUGGUGCAGUCCUCCAGCAAGUCUCCAGAGCUGCUGGCCAGAUACUGUGACUCGCUGCUGAAGAAGAGCUCUAAGAACCCAGAGGAGGCUGAAUUGGAGGACACUCUCAACCAAGUGAUGGUGGUCUUCAAGUACAUCGAGGACAAGGACGUGUUCCAGAAGUUCUAUGCCAAGAUGCUGGCCAAGCGGUUAGUCCACCAGAACAGUGCCAGUGACGAUGCCGAGGCCAGCAUGAUUUCCAAACUAAAGCAAGCCUGUGGCUUCGAGUACACGUCCAAGCUCCAGAGAAUGUUCCAGGACAUAGGAGUCAGCAAAGACCUGAACGAGCAGUUCAAGAAGCACCUCACCAACUCUGAACCCCUGGAUUUGGACUUCAGUAUCCAGGUGCUCAGCUCAGGGUCCUGGCCGUUCCAGCAGUCCUGUACGUUCGCCCUGCCCUCUGAGUUGGAGCGGAGCUACCAGAGGUUCACAGCCUUCUAUGCCAGCAGACACAGCGGCCGCAAGCUCACCUGGCUCUACCACCUGUCCAAAGGAGAGCUGGUCACCAACUGUUUCAAGAACAGAUACACCUUGCAGGCGUCCACGUUCCAGAUGGCCAUCCUGCUGCAGUACAACACUGAGGACCUGUACACCGUCCAGCAGCUCACUGACAGCACACAGAUCAAAAUAGAUAUAUUGGUGCAGGUUCUACAGAUCCUGUUGAAGUCCAAACUACUGGUGCUCGAGGACGAGAAUGCCAACGUGGACGAGGUGGAGUUCAAACCGGACACCCUAAUAAAGCUCUUCCUCGGAUACAAGAACAAGAAACUGCGGGUGAAUAUCAACGUGCCAAUGAAGACGGAGCAGAAACAGGAACAGGAAACGACUCACAAGAACAUUGAGGAGGACAGGAAGUUGUUAAUACAGGCUGCUAUCGUGAGGAUCAUGAAGAUGAGGAAGGUGCUGAAACACCAGCAGCUCCUGGCUGAGGUCCUCAACCAGCUCUCCUCCAGGUUCAAACCUCGUGUCCCCGUCAUCAAGAAAUGUAUCGACAUCCUGAUUGAGAAGGAGUAUCUGGAGCGUGUAGAUGGGGAGAAAGACACCUACAGCUACCUGGCUUAAAACAAAUGACAUCUUUAACCUUCUUCUCCACCCCACUCCAUUUUUCUUGUCUUUUUUUUUCGUUUUUCGUUAAGAUGUCUCUUGAGUCAAACAUCAUUCCUUUUGACAUUUGACCGAUGUUGUCGGGAGCGCAAACGCCGGAGGGGGAACACACGCUCGCAAACAGAGAGAGACAAAGGAGUCCUGGGUAUCGAAAUCGAGAUGGUUUGCUGAGCUGGACUUCCCUUUUAAAUCUCGGAGAACGAGGAUUGGCUGCUUGUCGCUAGUGUCGGAAGAUCCCAUCGGAAUCGCUCAGGAUUGACAAGAUAACAUUUUGAUAUGUAAAUAUGGACAGUCAGAGACCUCAAACGUUCACCUUUACCUUGCAAAAGUUAAAACAUGACAGAAAAAAAGCCCCAAUCUAAAGAACGCACAGAGUACUGGUUGCAUGCUACUGCCUAUCUGCAUUUAAAGCAUAAAGACAUCAGUUUAUGAUGAUAUGAAGCUAGCUGCUGUUUCACCUGGCAGUAGCACCAUAAAGAAGGUUAUGUUAUAUUCAAAAAUAUUAAAAAAACGAGAAUGAGGAAGGCGAUUUUAGCUGCACUGACAGAGAGCAAAUCUGUGUGUUUGAAUAAAGGCCUGUAGAAGAAAGUGUAAUCUGCAUCAUUAUUUGCUUCCAGAAAAAAAAAACAUUUGUAUAGUGUGCUUCACCUUUUUUUAAAUGUGUGGUAAAUAAAAAUUAAAGGUUUCUGUAUGCUC